UUCAAGUCUCGGGGAGAGGGGAACUCUUUCUGUGGCUUGGAGGGGAAGUGUCUUGUGCUCCUGGUGAUUCUAGCGGCGGCGACAGCGAGGUGGCCAGUCUGACAGCUCUCCACUACCCGCGUGACUCUAUUGGUAACGUCGAGGGGAGUGCAUUUAUUGGAACUGGAGGGGGUGCUACACUGUGCACCCCCAUCCUAGCUCUUUGGUUCCUCCCACCUGGCCGUCUUUGGAGGACGUUGGGUCUGUCUGCUACUCGCUAUGCCGCUGCCCGUUGCACUGCAGACCCGCUUGGCCAAGAGAGGCAUCCUCAAACAUCUGGAGCCUGAACCGGAGGAAGAGAUCAUUGCUGAGGACUACGAUGAUGAUCCCGUGGACUAUGAGGCCACCCGGUUGGAGGGCCUGCCACCAAGCUGGUACAAGGUGUUUGACCCUUCUUGCGGGCUCCCUUACUACUGGAAUGUGGAAACAGACCUCGUGUCCUGGCUCUCCCCACAUGACUCCAACUCCAUCGUUACCAAAUCUGCCAAGAAGCUCAGAAGCAGUAACACAGAUGCUGAGGAGAAGUUGGACCGGAGCCAUGAGAAACCGGACCGGAACCAUGAGAAAUCGGACCGCAGCCAUGAGAAAUCUGACCGGGGCCAUGAGAAAUCCGACCGGGGCCAUGAGAAGUCAGAGAGAGACCGAGAGCGCGGUUAUGACAAGGUGGACAGGGAGAGAGAGCGAGACAGGGAUCGGGACCGGGACCGUGGGUAUGACAAGGUGGACAGAGAAGAGGGCAAAGAACGGCGCCACCAUCGCCGGGAGGAGCUGGCUCCCUACCCCAAGAGCAAAAAGGCUGCAAGCCGGAAGGAUGAAGAAUUAGACCCCAUGGACCCCAGCUCGUACUCAGAUGCACCGCGGGGCACAUGGUCAACAGGACUUCCCAAGCGGAAUGAGGCUAAGACGGGCGCAGACACAACAGCUGCUGGGCCCCUCUUCCAGCAGCGCCCCUACCCAUCUCCAGGGGCUGUGCUACGGGCCAACGCCGAGGCCUCCCGAACCAAGCAACAGGACUGAACCCUAGUGGGUCUCUAAUAAAAACUUCAGUG